AUGCGAGCCGACGAGGAGGUUGAUGCGGAGCAGCCGCAGUGGGCCAUGGAGCUGGCGAGCGCGGCGGGGGCGACGGGGGCGGGGCCCGCUGCCGCGGCCGCCCCCGCCCCCGGCAAGCUGCCGCUGCCCGCCUCGGCGGGGCCGCAGCCCUUCCCCGUCUACGACUCCAGCAGCAGCAGCAGCAGCAGCAGCAGCGAGGAGGAGGAGGAGGGAGGGGGCGGGACGCCGGGCUCGGGUCGCAGCAGCGAGGAGGGCGAGGUCAGCGUGGUGCCAGCGCCAGAGGGAGACAUGCUGCUGGUCAGCACCGGCCCAGGCGGCGGGAGCGGCGGCGGCAGCGGGUCGCCACCGUCCCUGCCGCCGCUGGGCAGCGACGAUGCUGACAUGGCAGACGAUGCUGUGAUGCUGGAGUAUGAUGCAGCUGAGCAGCUCAUGUCUCUGGCCCAGCUGUCGCUGGAGGAGGGAGGAGAGGCUGGCAGGGAGGCGGCGGCGGCGGUGGGCGACAUCCGCGCCCCAGCGGCGGCGGAGGACGGGCCAGGGCUGGACGGGGAGGCGUCUGGCGCGCAGGGGAAGCAGCAGCAGCAGCAGCAGCAGCAGCAGCCCGAGGCGGCGGCAGAGGAGGCAGGGAAGGCGGGCGGGCAGCAACCGGCGGCGGCGCCCGCGCUGACGGCGGCCGUAGGAAGUUGA